CAUAUCGUGAAGCAGAGUAGGCGCCCAUUUUGCGUAACAUUGACCCAGAACCCGAAUCUUAUUGCCUGAAGCGAUAUCGUCGGUUGCCGACGGGGUCCACUACAUCUUGGAGGAGCGCCAACUUAAACAACGACUAUAAAAACUCGACAACCCUUGAUUGGUCGUCAGUGUUACCAUCGCAGCUUUAGAUUGAUUCAACGUACAUUGCAAACGCACCUAUACACCACACACUCCUUCAUCAUGAUGAAAAUCGUAGCAGCUGUUUCUUUCCUUUUCGCUGUAGCCCAUGCAGGCUUCAUCGGCGCACCUGUGGUAGCUCCCGUAGCGCACGCCGUUCCUGUAGCUCACGUAGCUCCAGUUGCUGUUAAGGCUGCAGUUCCAGUAGCUACCUCAUAUGCCAGCCAUAUCCAGUAUUCCGGGCCUGCAGUGCCUGUAGUAGCAGCUGCCCCGGUUAUCAAGGCUGCCCCUGUCAUUGCUGCCGCCCCAGUCAUUAAGACCGCCCCUAUCAUCGCCGCCCCAGCUAUUGUAAAGAGCCCUGUGUUCCUGCACUAAGUUUGCACAUAGAUAGUUGGUGUCCAGCUUGUAUAUACG